CGGAAAGGAAGCAAGAUCGAUAACAUUACCUGGACAAUAUCUGUGGAUUUGGGAUUCAAGUACUUGGUCAGGCUUCAUUUCUCCAGGCAUUCCCCUGGUACAGGGACUACAUGGUGAUGAUGAAAGGGCACAAAGAAAAGGGAAAGCGAGAUCUCAUGAUUUGCCCCCAAUCAGAUGAUGAAUUCAUGGUUGGACAUGGAUUUCACUUGAGGCGAUGUUUCCCUUAGUUGUGGCUCGAGUGGCACCUCUGCGGCACGAGACAGCAAGGAAUGGCAUGGAGAUGCACAGCCAAAAUUAUCUUCAUUGCUUCAAAUAAAGGGCUCAUCAACCGCUUCAAGUGUGACUCAUAAGUUGGUCUCUGCUGAUGAUCCAGUUCCCUACAAAACGGGUCGAUUCUCUCGUUCCCGUUUCUCCUAUACAUUUCAAGUAAAUCCGGGUGAGAAAAUUCUCCGCCUUCAUUUUAAUCCCGGUCCUUAUAAAGGCUUCAAAAGGUUCAAGGAUUUAUUCGAUGUUGAAGCCGGUCCUUUCACCCUGCUAAGCAACUUUAGUGCUUCCCUUACUGCUCAGGCUCUUAGUGUGAAUUCUUUUGUUAAAGAAUUUUGCGUGAACAUAGAAGAAAAUGAACAGUUGAACAUAGUUUUCUCUCGGUCAAGUAGUGAAUCAUUAAACACAUAUGCUUUCAUAAAUGGCAUUGAGGUUAUCUCAGUGCCUUCCGAUCUUUCUUACUUCCACAAAGGAGAUAUUGGAGUCCAAAUGGUUGGGAAGUCUCUGGUCUAUAUUGACAAUGGGACUGCACUUGAAAUAAUCCGCAGGGUAAAUAUUAAACAUGAGUCUGUUUUGUCUGGUGGUAGUAUCAGUGACAUGUUUGGGAUGUGGGAAACCAUUUCAAAGAAGAAAGCAAGCAAGAUGAACAAUAUUACCUGGAAAGUAUCAGUGGAUGUGGGAUUCAGGUAUUUGGUCAGACUUCAUUUCUCAGAGUUAGGAUUCAAGAUUGCCGAUAUUGGUGGUGUUAUUUUUACAGUUAGCAUUAAUGAAAUGAUCGCCAAUAUUGAUGAAAAUAGCAAUCCCUGGUAUAGGGACUACAUGGUGACGAUGAAAGGGCACAAAGAAGAGGGUAAACACGAUCUCUUGAUUUGUCUGCAAUCAAAUGAUGAGUUCAUGAAUGGACAUGGACCACUUAAAGGAUUUGAAAUAAUAAAGUUGAGCAACCCCGACGAUAGUCUUGCCAGUCCAAAUCCCUUGCCUUCUUCGCAUGAUUCAUCGUACCAAAAUUUACAUCAUAUUCUUGGCCAGAGAAACAUGAUUGCAACUGCAGCUAUAACACUACUUGUUGCAGUAAACACCAUUGUGUAUAUAUCUCGACAAUUUUGGGAAGCUAGUGAUACAGUGGAGGAAAACAAGCCAUCGGACAGGGCGAAACGACUGUGUCGCCGGUUUUCACUAGACGAAUUGCAGUUAGCGACUGAAGAUUUCAGCGAAUCGCAUCUCAUUGGAAGAGGUGGAUUUGGUAGAGUUUACAAAGGCCUCGUUGAUAAUGGGAGAAAGACUGUCGCAAUAAAGCGGCAAAAAUUAGAAUCCCAUCAAGGGUCGCGAGAGUUUUUGACAGAGAUUGAAACACUAACUGAGCUAAGACAUGUUAAUCUAGUCUCUCUCAUUGGCUUCUGUAAUGAGCAUGGGGAAAUGAUUCUUGUUUAUGAGUACAUGGCUUGUGGAACAUUGGCUGAUCAGCUCUACAAACUUUCAAGGACGAACCAUGACCGUCAUUCUCUCACCUGGAGGCAACGCCUUACCAUAUGCAUUGGAGCUGGUCGAGGGUUAGACUAUCUUCACACUGGCCACUCACUCAUACAUCGUGAUGUAAAGGCUUCAAAUAUCCUUCUGGAUGAAAAUUUCGUAGCUAAGGUGUCCGAUUUUGGCCUGGCUAAAUACUUAAGCACAUGUAAGUUACAACAGAGUCAUGUUAGUACAAAAGUUAAGGGCACAUUUGGGUAUUUCGACCCGAAUUAUUUUAAUACGGGUAAACUGACCAUGAAAAGUGAUACAUAUGCCUUUGGGGUGAUGUUGUUGGAAGUAUUGGGUGGUAGACCGGCAGUGGAUCCAAGAGCUGGUGAGGAUGAGCAGAUUUUGACCAAGUGGGCUCGAGAAAGCAUUAGUAAUGGAAAUCUGGACCAGAUUAUAGCUUCAAAUUUGAGGGGAGAAAUCACAGACGAUAGCCUGAAGGCGUUUGUGGAGGUUGCUGGAAGGUGCUUGCAUGAUGAACCAAAGAAACGGCCAACAAUGGCUGAAGUUGUGUUUCAACUUGAGUUUGCACUUGAGCAGCAAGAGAGGUUAAAAUGUGUUGUGUCAAACGGGAUAACAUGUAAUGUGGAUGAUUGCCAUCAUUCUGAUGACAAAACUAACUUCUCGGUUAGUACUGGGGAAAUGACAAUUGCCUCUUCUGAUGUGCAUAAUCUUUCACCGUCUCCUCCGAAAGAGCGAUCUAAUAGCAAAGUUGUUAAUGCUGAGACACCAUCUGGAAGAAAAGAAGAGGACACGAUUAGUAAACCGUCACGAUUUUCGCUAUGGGAUGCAUUUUGGAACCUUGUUAAACCAUCCGAGUUUCGUGCGGCAGAAGCAGCGGAUAAGAGCCAACAGAUUGUUAAUAUGCUGCCGAUUGUUGUCCCCGGCAUUCCAGUAGAUGAAUUAGACGAUAAAGAGACUGUUAAUAUGCUGCCGAUUGUUGCCCCUGCCAUUCCAGGAGAUGAAUUAGUGGCUAAAGAGACCGUAAAUAUGCUGCCGGUUGUUGCCCCUGCCAUUCCAGGAAAUGAAUUAGUGGAUAAACAGACUGUUAAUAUGUUGCCAAUUACCAUUCCAGGAGAUGAAUUACUGGAUAAAGAGACUAUUAAUAUGCUGCCGAUUGAUGUCCCUGCCAUUCCAGUUGACGAAUUAAAGAACAUCACCGAUACUUUUGGUUUUCAGUGUUUAGUCGGCGUAGGAUCCUAUGGAGAGGUAUACCGUGGAGUGAUGAAAAAUGGACAGGAUGCAGCCUUUAAAAAGCUAGACUCCAGUAAGCAGAACAGCCAAGAAUUUCUAGCACAGGUUUCGAAGAUUUACAGAGUAAAGCACAAAAACGUGGUUGAGCUACUUGGUUAUUGUGUGGAUGGUGGUUUGCAAGUCUUGGCUUAUGAGUUUACUCGACAUGGAUCCCUACAUGAGAUUCUUCAUGAGUUCAAGUAUGUCAAAGGCUCGGUGGUUCUGUCAUGGACCCAAAGAGUUAAAAUUGCUGUUGGGGCUGCAAAAGGAUUAGAACACAUACACAAGGAUUCAUGGCGGCAAUGUCAUGGUGACAUCAGCUCUCGCAAGAUUUUACUUUUUGAUGAUUAUGAUGUUGCUAGGAUUGAUGGUUUUGGUCUGUCAAACCGAGCCCGUGAAAGGACAUAUUCCGCUAUCCACCCGAGGUCCAAUGGUCCUUAUUGCCCCCAUGAGGCCCGAUAUACAAUGAAUGGCCGUCUAAGCAAUAAGAGUGAUGUGUACAGCUUCGGUGUGGUACUUCUGGAACUCUUGACAGGCCGUAAACCAAUUGAUCAUUCAUAUGUGUCUCUAAUUGUGACAUGGCACGAGGCAACGCCAAAGCCCGUGGUAGAAGAACAGGUACAGCGGUGUGUCGAUCCUAGACUGAACGGGGACUACCCUCUCAAGGCAGUUGCAAAGUUCGCUGCUAUUGCUGCCUCGUGUGUUCAAUAUAACGAGGAUAACCGUCCAAAAAUGAGCAUUGUUGUGAAAGCUCUCCAGCCCCUGUUGAAUGCUCGAUAUCAGUCAGGCUUGUAAAAGUUAACUGUGAAGGAUUAUCUCACCGCCCUUUUACACCCGUAUGUGUUGAUUUAAAUGUAUUGAUGUGUAAAUAAACGAUGCACUCACCCUGCAUAUGCACAAUACUCUGUAGAAAACUCAUUGGCUUUUAUCUUUUGGGUUUUUCUGAUGUGCACCCUAAACAGCUAUAUAAAGUAGUAGUUAACUUUGGGGCCAUAUAUUAGGUGACUAUUUACGAGCUCGGGAUUAUGAGCAUGCCAUAUCUGAUGAGCGCUGAGUUUUUUUCU